UCUUCUAUCCACCACUCGAUAUCCCCAUGUUGCGCACUCUUCCUCACCGUCAGAUCAUUAGAGUAUGCUCUUCUUCAUCUCUCAUCUCUCUUCUCUCUUCUAACCUGCUCAGAUGUCAAAGACAAAGACCCAGACCAUCGCCCGGCCCUUCUCCUCCUCCAGACUCUCCCUCAACGCCGCCGCCUCCGCUCCCAAACCCGACGAGCAUGUCUACGUCGAAGACUGGUCCGCCGGCAAAAUGCUCCGAUUCCAAGAGUCUCUGCCCAAGCUCCCCGUCCCCCCGCUCGAGCUGAGCGCCCAGCGAUACCUGAAAUCAGUCAGUCACCUUGUUCCCAAAGACCAGCUCGAGAAAACGACCGAGAUCGUCAAGAAAUUCAUCUCCUCUUCCGGCGAAGGCCCCGAGCUGCAAAAGAAGCUUGUCGCAAAAGCCAGUGAUCCCAAAGUCAAGAACUGGGUCUACGACUGGUGGAACUCGGCCGCCUACAUGGCCUACCGCGAUCCCGUCGUUCCCUACGUCUCUUACUUUUACGGACACAAAGACGACAGCCGCUACGCUUCGCCCGAAGCCAAGGCUGCCGCAAUCUCCACCGCCGUUCUCUCGUUCAAGACCUUGGUCGACACCAAACAGCUCGAGCCCGAUUUCAUGAGGAAGAAGCCAAUGUGCAUGGACUCGUUCAAGUGGAUGUUCAACGCCAGCCGCGUCGCUGCUCCCGGCGAGGACUACUCUGUCAAGUUCUCGCCCGAAAACCCCGAGCACCAGACGAUCCUCGUCAUCCGCAAAAACAGACUCUACAUACUCCCGCACGAGGUCGACGGCAAGCAGUUAACCACCGCCGAGCUCGAGAUCCAGUUUGCUAAAAUCAUCAAGGACGCCGACGCAAAGGGACCCGGCGCCGCCAUCGGCGCCUUGUCCUCCGCCAACCGCGACGACGGCGCCGUCUACCGCGAGCAUCUGAUCUCAGCCGGUCCCAACAACAAAGCUUUGCUCGAGAAGAUGGAGAGCUCUUCGUUUGUCGUCGCUCUCGACGACGCCGCUCCCGACAGCCACACCGAGCGUGCCCACCAGUUCUGGCACGGCGACGGCCAAAACAGAUUCUACGACAAGCCAUGCCAGUUCAUUGUCUGCGACAACAAGGUCUCGGGAUUCAUGGGCGAGCACUCGAUGAUGGACGGAACCCCUACAUGCACAUUGAACGAUUACGUCUGUGACGUUCUUGUUCAGAACAAGGUCGACCACGGUGCUCCUGCUUCUGCCGCUCGCGCGCUGGCCGAUCCCCAGGAACUCGAGUUUGAUGUUAGCGAGCAACUCGCGGCUGACAUCGAGGCUUCGAAGAAAGCCUUCACUGAAGUGAUUGGUCUCCACGAGCUGGACGUCAACGCGUAUCAAAAGUACGGCAAGGAGCAAGUCAAGAAGUUCAAGGUCUCGCCCGACGCGUGGGUGCAGCUCUCGUUCCAGCUCGCGUACUACCGAAAGUACGGCUACGUCCGUCCGACGUACGAGUCCGCCACGACGCGACAGUACCAGCUCGGACGGACCGAGGUCUGCAGAUCGUGCACACCCGAGGCGUUUGCGUUUGUAAAUGCAAUGGAGGACGCGUCGGUCGACAAUGCAAAGAAGAUUGCGCUCGCGCGAGCGGCUACCAACGCGCACGCCGCGUACAUCAACAGCGCGACCCAGGGAUUUGGCUGCGACAGACACUUUUUCGGUCUCAAGAACCUGGUCGACAAGUCCAAGCCGACGCCUGAAUUCUUCACCGAUCCCACUUUUGGCUUCAGCUCGACCUGGAUCAUGAGUACAUCUCAGCUGAGUAGCGAGUACUUCAACGCCUACGGAUGGUCGCAGGUGACCGACGAGGGCUACGGUAUCGCGUACAUGAUCAACAAGAACUCGCUGCAGUUCAACGUUGUGUCGAAGAAGAAGGAUUCGCCGGGGAUGGCUAACCAGAUCGGAAAGGCGUUGGAUGAUAUGGCUGCGUUGUUUAGCACUGAGCUGCCGGUCAAGGCGAAGCUGUAAGUUGUAGAGGGACUGGUAAUAGAUUAUAUGGAUUGUCUACAAACAAGUGUUUUAA